GCAGCGCGCCGGCCGCGGGCGAGGACCCCGUCGCGACCGCGUCCCCUCGGGUCCUUGAGCCGGUGCCGACUGCGAGCCAUGGCCUUGAGACUGUUGAGACUGGUCCCGGCGUCCGCGUCCGCGCGGGGCCUUGCGGCGGUCGCCCAGCGCAUGGGAGGAAUUCAUACAAGCGUACAGUGCAAGCAGCAGUAUGGCCCUUUGGCAUACAUACUUGGUGAUCGAACAACCAAGAAACUGACAGAAUACAGCAAAGUGAUAACUGUAGAUGGCAACAUAUGUUCUGGAAAAGGCAAGCUUGCAAAACAAAUAGCAGAGAAACUAGGUUUAAAGCACUUUCCUGAAGCAGGGAUACAUUACGCAGACAGCACUACAGGAGAUGGAAAACCCCUGGACGUGGAGUUCAGUGGCAACUGCAGUUUGGAGAAGUUUUAUGAUGAUCCGAAAAGCAAUGAUGGCAACAGUUACCGCCUGCAGUCCUGGUUGUACGCCAGUCGCCUCCUGCAGUACGCGGACGCCUUGGAGCACUUGCUGAGCACAGGACAAGGUGUCGUAUUGGAACGCUCCAUCUACAGUGACUUUGUCUUCGUGGAGGCGAUGUAUAACCAGGGAUUCAUCCGAAAGCAGUGUGUGGACCACUACAACGAGGUGAAGAAGGUCACCAUCUGCGAGUACCUGCCUCCUCACGUGGUGAUCUACGUCGACGUGCCCGUCCCCGAGAUCCAGAGUCGGAUCCAGAAGAGAGGAAAUCCACACGAAAUGAAGAUCACCUCUGCCUAUCUUCAGGACAUCGAGAAUGCGUAUAAGAAAACCUUCCUUCCUGAAAUGAGUGAGAAAUGUGAGGUUUUACAAUAUAGUGCAAGGGAAGCUCAAGAUGCAGAAAAGGUGGUAGAGGAUAUUGAAUACCUCAAGUAUGAGAAGGGGCCAUGGCUUGACCAGGAUGACCGGACUUUUUACCACCUGCGAAGGCUGGUUCAGAAUAAGUUGGAGGUGCUGAAUUACACAACCGUUCCUAUCUUUCUCCCAGAAGUCACGAUUGGAGCUCACCAGAGUGACCGCGUCUUCCAUAAAUUCAAGGAGCUGCCGGGCCGCAAGUACUGCCCUGGGUACAAUGCAGACGUGGGCGACAAGUGGAUCUGGCUGAAGUGACCGACCACCUUCUGCUAAAGCUGCGUCACAGUGGUGCAGCUGCUGCCAGUCUGCCUGGUUCUCAUGGACUCCAUGUAGCUUUAAAAUUAGGGGGGAAAGUAAUGAUCCAAAAAUUGCACAGUGGAAGGAAUGGCCUCGCGAAAGCAGUCCACCCUGUAGUGUAGCUAAGGGAGUGGAGGGAAGCUCUGCCAUGGAAGAGGGUUUGGAACCUUCUAGCUUGAUUCUGAAUGAUCUGUAACUAUCACUGAA